ACCUAGGCAGCUGCGCGCGGCCGCCGCCGGCGCCUCCCCCAUGCUGCUCGGAGCGUCCUGGCUGUGCGCGUCCAAGGCGGCCGCCGCUGCUGCGCAGAGCGAGGGCGACGACGACAGGCCGGGUGAGCGGCGGCGGCGGCGGGCGGCGGCCACGGCCGCGGCGGCGGGCGAGGACAUGGACGAGUCGUCGCUGCUGGACCUGCUGGAGUGCUCUGUGUGCCUGGAGCGCCUGGACACCACGGCCAAGGUGCUGCCGUGUCAGCACACUUUCUGCCGCCGCUGCCUGGAGAGCAUCGUGUGCUCGCGCCACGAACUGCGCUGCCCCGAGUGCCGCAUCCUGGUGGGCUGCGGCGUGGACGAGCUGCCCGCCAACAUCCUGCUGGUGCGCCUGCUGGACGGCAUUCGCCAGCGGCCCCGCGCUGGCGCCAGCCCCGGUGGUAGCCCGUCCGCGCGCCCGGGCCCCAGCUUGGGGGCGGCCUCCGCGCUCGCGGGUGGCGGGGGCAGCGCGGCGGGCAGCGCCCCCGGCUCCCCAGUCUUCCUCCCUGCGGCGACCGGCAGCGCCACCGCCAGCCUGCGGGAGCUGGCGACCAGCAGGAGUGGGCCUGUGGCAAAGACUCUCUCCCAGCUUCCCUAUGGGAAGGCGCUCUACAGUUACGAGGGGAAAGAACCUGGCGACCUCAAGUUCAGCAAGGGCGACAUCAUCAUUCUGCGGCGCAGAGUGGAUGAGCACUGGUACCAUGGGGAGCUGCAUGGGGCUCACGGCUUCCUGCCUGCCAGCUACAUCCAGUGCGUCCGGCCCUUGCCGCAGACCCCGCCCCAGGGCAAAGCACUUUAUGAUUUCGAGAUGAAGGACAGAGACCAGGACAAGGACUGUCUGACCUUUACCAAGGACGAGAUCCUGACCGUCAUCCGAAGAGUGGAUGACAACUGGGCAGAAGGCAUGCUGGGAGACAAGAUUGGGAUCUUCCCCUUGCUGUACGUGGAGCUCAAUGACUCCGCCAAGCAGCUCAUUGAGAUGGACAAGCCAUGCCCAGCUGCUGCGUCGAGCUGCCACGCCCCCUUGCCCUCUGACCCUGGUGCGGCAGCCAGUGCGGCCCCAGGACCCGCAUUAAGCAGCACGGGGGCGGUCAGUGCCUUUCAGCGGCGUGUGGACAGCAAGAAGAAUGCCAAGAAGCGCCACUCCUUCACCGCGCUCAGUGUGACACACAAGUCCUCCCAAGCCACAAGCCACAGGCACUCCAUGGAAAUUAGCGCUCCGGUCUUGAUCAGUUCCAGCGAUCCCCGGGCUGCGGCCAGAAUCGGAGACCUGGCUCAUCUGUCCUGCAGUGCUCCCGCCCCGGACUCCUCUUCCUCGCCCGGACCCGCCCCAGCGGCUGAACAGCAAGGCACCGCUCCCAAAGUCCAGCUGCCCCUCAAUGUGUACUUGGCGCUAUAUGCUUACAAGCCCCAGAAGAACGACGAGCUGGAGCUGCGGAAGGGCGAGAUGUACCGUGUCCUAGAGAAGUGUCAGGAUGGCUGGUUCAAGGGGACAUCCCUGAGGACUGGGCUUUCUGGGGUGUUCCCAGGAAACUACGUGACGCCCGUCUCCAGGGCUCCUGUAGGAGGGGCUGGGCCACCCCGGAAUAAUGUCGUUGGAGGUUCUCCGCUGGCCAAAGGGAUGGCCACAACCAUCCACCCAGGUGGUGGAAGUCUGAGUAGCCCAGCCACUGCCACAAGGCCGGCCCUUCCCCUCACCACACCCCAGGCCCAGCACCAGACAGCCUCUCCCCCGAUGGCCACUUGCCUGCGGCACACAGCCCAGCCGGCCACCAGCCAAGCCCGGGGCACCAUCCCCACAGCUUCCCACUCCUCAGCCCAGGCCCAGGACCGACCAACUGCCACCGUGUCGCCCCUGCGCACCCAGAACUCCCCAUCCCGCCUGCCGGCCGCCAGCCUCAGGCCCCACUCGGUGGUGUCGCCACAGCACGUGCACCAGCCUCCCAUGCAGACGGUCAUCGGGGCCCAGUGCCCCCGACCAGCCAUUCCACUUACAUCUGCAGCGUCUGCCGUCACACCUCCCAACGUCAGUGCUGCCAACCUCAACGGGGAGGCCGCAGGGGGGCCUGUCAGUGGCUUGUCAUCGUCCAGCCCCACCAACACCGGAGGCAAAACAGAUGAGAAGAAAAACGAAAAGAAAGAGAAGAAGAGUGGGCUGCUGAAGCUUCUCGCUGGGGCAUCCACCAAGAAGAAAUCUCGCUCCCCACCAUCCAUCUCUCCAACUCACGACUCCCAGGUGGCAGUGGACACCUCACUCCAGGGUGCAGUGGGGCCCGAAGUGUCCUCACUAUCCAUCCACGGCAGGGCAGGGUCCUGCCCCAUAGAGAGCGAGAUGCAGGGUGCCGUGGGCAUGGAACCGCUGCACAGAAAGGCGGGAUCCUUGGAUCUGAACUUCUCCUCAUCCCCCUCCAGGCAAGCAUCUCUCUCCAUGGCUGCCAUCCGUCCCGAACCCAAGCCUUUGUCCAGGGAGAGGUACCGCGUGGUGGUCUCGUAUCCUCCCCAGAGCGAGGCGGAGAUUGAGCUGAAGGAAGGCGACAUAGUCUUUGUGCACAAGAAGCGAGAAGACGGCUGGUACAAGGGGACCCUGCAGAGGAACGGCCGCACCGGCCUCUUCCCGGGCAGCUUUGUGGAGAGUUUCUGAGGACACGCUCCCCAUGCCCCACUCCCCAGGCACAAAGGCUUCCCGGGAUCCCCAGGGGGCAAAGAGAGGCAGUCAAGUCCACCGAGGGCCCCAGGUCCCUUUCAAGGCUCCUGGCGAGGCCACCCUGGACGGGGAUGGGAGCUGGGGGAUGUGGAGGUCGUGCCUUCGCCCACAACCACCCACCAGGAGUGCACCUUGGGGUUGUUCUCCCACAAAAUGCUUCCCUCUGCGUAAACUCUAAAGAAAUACCUUUGAAAAGAGAAGAUGCUGAUGCGGGUGAUCGGCUCUGCGAGGGACUGCUAAGUCGCAGCCUUCUUAUUUGUUGCCCCCGCAAGCCUGGGCGCUGCGGAAGGGCUGCAGGGCUUGGAUGGCAGGCACCGGGUCCUGGGUGGUGGCAGAAGGUCUGAGGGCUGCCCCGGGCUGCUUGUGGGGGGUCCAGAUUGCUCCAUCACCUCUCUAUAUACCUCAGUCAUCUGCCACCUGGCCACUCAGCAGGGGUGUUUCCGGCCCAGGGCUGUGGCCGGUCGCCAGAGUCCCCCAGGCAACCCCACACGCAGCUCCUGCAGGAGGCGUGAGAUCGCACUUGGCUUUGUUUCCUACCCAUAUUAUAAGCCACACAUUUCAUUUUGCCACCACUGUCCCUUUGCAUUGCUUCUUUCUUACAACAUCUUUUUAAAGUAAAGCUGUCAGACUUUCUAUAUUUCUAAUAGGUCAUACAUUGCCUAUUUUUCAUAAUCUGGUGCUGCCUUUUUGUAAACCAGUAAUGACUUGGUUGAGCUUGAAAGAAAAAAAAUGUCUGAGCUGAUAUCAAGUGGGCAGAAUUUUUAUACAUACCAUAUGAAUUUUGGAAAACUCUGAAAAGCCCACGUACUCAACAUCAGUGUUGGCUACUGCUCCACGGAGAAGAGGGAAUCCAUUUAAGUGGUUGGAGGGAGUUUGGGAAAAGUCAAUUUCCUUAAACCCUUACCAAGCCCCAUGCUAUGUCUAGACAGUGAUAAUUACUAUUCAAGAACUGGAACCAUUUCAAGGAAGGGUCACUAUAAUUGCCUUGUGUGUGGCAGUAGAAAGAACAUGAAGGUCAACCCCAGUCUAGGAAGGCAGAAUUUUCCUUUUAUUGCUUUAGGGAAAAGGACUACAAUUAGCAUUAUCAAGAUAUGAUUUCUUGGUACUGAAGCAGUUUUUAACCACAGUUCAGAUUUAUCACCUCGUGACAGUUCUGUCUUUUUUUUUUUUUUUUUUAAUAAGUGUUUCCCUAUCAGGCAGUACAAAUGUUGGUCUAGAGACUGGAAGUACAAUGAGGAGAAAGGAAUUUGAGGCAUUGCUGCAGACUGGCAGAAUCCAAGGGAGCCAGGAGGAGAGAGAGAAGGGGCACCUUUGAUCCUAGGACUUGCCCUGGAUGGGGUCCAUCAAGGCCUCUUCCUGAGCCCAGCAACCCAGACCUCCCACAGACACAGACGGGAGAAGCCCUGUCAUCAGGCCAUCUCGUUCUCCAGAAAGUCAGACCUUAAGAAUACAUUCCUAUCAGCUCGAAGUCACAAUUGAUAAGCCCCUUCUCUCUAUUUUUACAAAACCACUCAGGUUUAAAUUAGGCAGACUAAAUUAGCCUUUGGUAACAUAGCAUCGCCUGAUUUUCAAAGAUGCAACAAAAUCCAGAAACAUAUUCCCUCAUAUGAUGUGAUGCCUUUGAAAUAUGAAACGCUUAUUUUCAGAGUUCCUAUUUGGGGCUGUGACUUGGCUAUUACCACCAGGUGGUCACCACGAGGGUGGGAUCAUGCCUCAACAAAGGCUCUUCCCCUCUCUCCAGAUGAUCAUAGAUUUAAUAGACUUGAGAAAUUGUUCUGAAUCAAAGAAAGACAAAAUCCUGCUUAAACCCAGGGAGCCCUGUACAUGAGUUAAUGACAACCAGAAGGUAUCCAUUUGCCAUUGAUGCCAAAUUAGUUGCCUGACAUGCACAAAAAUCACGUGCGUGUUUAAAAUCACGCCAUCACCAAAAAUGUGCAUGGAUGAAUGUGCUGAGAUACGUGUGCCCCCAGGGAGACCAGAACUAACAAAUCCCAGAUAAUAAGGAAAGUUUUUUUUUUUUUUUUUUAAUGAAGGCAGUUACCAAGCAACGAAACAGACUAACUUGGACCUUCUUUCCUCUCCCAGCCACAGCCCACACGAGGCUUGUGGUAGGUAGGAAUCGCUGAACAGCCUAGGGACUGUGGGCGAGGCAGCAGCCCACCAGGGCCCAGCACCCACUCACAGCAGAGAGCUGGGGCUGGUGGCCAGUGCCUUUGCAAGGCAUCAGCUGACCUCUCCUGGGGCAGAGUUGGGGCAGGCAUUGGCAUGACCUCGGGAAGGAAGCAAUGCCAUAGGCCAGCCAUCAUGCUCUGGGCUGUUUUCAAACACAUUUAGCCAAAUCCAUCAGCCUUCAUGACCGUUUAGCCCACAGACAAGAGAAAAGGCAGAAUUAGACCCUUUGGGCCAACUUGUUCUAAAUAACCAACUCAUUUUGGCUACUAAGAUGAAACCAACACCUUGUCUGAAUGCUCACAUUCUACCCUGGCCCAGCAACUUAGACAUCUUGGUUAUCAGUGGCAUUUGGCAGCCAAGGUGACUUGCUUUGAGGAAUGCAGUAGAGUUCAUAGCCACUACCAAGGUCAGCAGACACUGAAGUGACAGGGACAUCUGGUCCACCAAAGAGCCUCAGAAGUGGAGUGGGGAGACAGUGGGCAGGCAAUUCCCUGGCAGCCUCACCGUGUGAAUGCCAGGUUCUGGCACCCCAAACAAGCUCAGCUGCCUGGCUGGGAAGUUCUUUGUACUUUGCACAGCUCACACACACACACACACACACACACUAAUGUUUUUGUUACACACAAAUGUCAGCGUGUGAUUUUGGAAGAAUUGACAGUAAUGACAAACUAUGAUGCCUGUGUUUCUGAGUCUUUAAAUAAAAAUGAACAUGGA